AUGUUGUGGAAAAAGCCUAACAGCCGGAUCUUAUACCCAGUCAGCAGUGAGGAUGCAGGGAACUACUCCUGUACUGUAGAAGGCUUAGAGAGAAUCCUCUCUCCAGAAGAGACUCUCACUGUCAGAUAUGGUCCAAGGAACACCUCAGUGUCAGUUAGUCCCUCUGGUGAAAUAGUGGAGGGCAGUUCAGUGACUCUGACCUGCAGCAGUGAUGCCAACCCACCUGUGGACAAAUACACCUGGUACAAGAAGAACGUAACCUCACCAAAAGCAUCAGGACAGAGUUACAGCAUCACUAACAUCAUCUCUGAGGACAGAGGAGAAUAUUACUGUGAGGCCCAGAAUGGAAGAGGAUCUAUGAACUCUACAGCUCUGAUGAUCAUUGUAGCAGGGAAACAAACCUCAGUUCUGACUGCAGCUGUAGGAAUCACAGUGGUUGUUCUGGUUCUCAUCCUCUGUCUCCCUGGACUCAUGUGGUUCAGGAAGAAGGACUCCAAACCCACCUCCAACACAGGAGACACAUCAGAAAAUGAACAGGGAGACUCUAGUCCAGUGUAUGACAACAUCUCAGGCAUGGCCAUGACCCCUACUGCAGCACAGACAGUAGCCACAGAUGACCAGGAUGACAUUCACUACGCCAGCGUCCACUUCCAGGAAGUCCUUCUGUACUCGACCGUCCAACAGUCUCAAGCCCAGGAACAGGACGAGGAUAUCCAGUACGCUACUCUGAAAUUCAACCUCCUGAGUGAUGCCACCUGCCCAACAGCAGCAGACCCUGGUGCUGCUGAGGAGGACUCCUCUGUUCUCUACAGCACAGUCAACAAAUCCAGAACCAAGAAGACCUGAGCAUUACAAUACCAGAACCAAGUAGACCUGAACACAACAAACCCAG